CAUCUCACCAUCCAUCGUCCAUUCAUUCGCCCCUCUCCCCCACUCAGUCUCAUCCACCCAUGGAGCGAAUCGUCAGCUUGCUGCCCUCGGCUGCAGAAAUCAUCUGCCUGGUAGGUGGCCAGCCAGAGAUGGUUGCCCGUAGCCACGAAGACGAUUUCCCUUCAACAAUCCAGCACCUCCCGAUCCUCACCGCCGCCAAAACCACCUUCACUACCUCUGCCGAUGUUGACCGUCAAGUCUCCGAGGCUCUCUCUCAGGGCCAAAGUCUCUACGACCUCGAUGUCACACAACUCAAGGCCCUCCGACCCACCGUCAUCGUCACCCAAGACCUAUGCAACGUCUGCUCGAUCGAUCUCGUCUCCGUCCAGCGCGUCGCCAGCACCAUGGAUCCACGUCCUCAGAUCGUCACCUUGAAUCCUACUUCUGUAGGCGAGGUCAUGGAAAGCAUCACGACCGUGGGACUGGCCAUCGGACGAGUUGAGGAGGCAAAGAAGGCCCGCGAGGAGCUGGAGGCGAGGAUUGCGCGCUGUCAGAAUGCUGUUGAGGAGGUGAAACGUGGGAACGACGGCUCAUAUAAGCCCAAGAAGAUCAUGUUCUUUGAAUGGACAGAUCCUAUUUAUCCUGGCGGCCAUUGGACCCCAGAGAUGAUCGAGAUCGCGGGAGGGGUGCAUCCUAUCAACGAGGCCGGGUCCCCUUCGCGUCGCGUGCCGAUCGAAUCUGUCGUGGCUACAGAUUCUGAUGUCCUUAUUAUCUGCCCUUGCGGUCUCGAUCUGGAGGCCGCCCGUAAGGAAUAUAACUCUAUGAUGGAGAAAGAAUGGUUCCGAAAGAUGGCAGACAAGGCUACAACGAUCGCCCUUGUUGAUGGUAACCAGAUGUUCAAUCGCAGUGGACCACGGUUAGUCGAGUGCACAGAGUGGUUGGUCAUGCUGUUGCACAACCGUCCAGAGUUUGAGCCGACUGGAUUCCCUUGGGAAAGGAUUAAAUAAAAUGCAUCGACAGAAAAAUAUACAUGAUCAUAUCAUAUUCGUUGCUCCAACUCGAUAUCGACUAGAA